AUAACCGACUGAUGGUUUAUUAAAGCUUUUAUAGGGACUACAGAAGGUUUGUCGCGGACGUUAAGCGUCAUCGCGCGGCGCCGAACAGAAAAGCUGAUCUGCUUUAGCCUCAUUGUGCUAAAACUCGCGCUCACAAACUGUUUAAACUGAAACUUUUUAUCCGUCGUUCAGAUUCCCACAAAACAACACAGCGGAUUUUUAUUAGCAGCGAGCCGUUUUUAACUGAAGCUCUCAUCUUUGUGCUGGUGACUGUGGUGUAUUUAGCCUGAAGCUAAAGCUAAAGCUAAAGCUGUGGCGCGCGCGCACGCGUCUGGUUUCUCCAUGUAAACUCCAGUGAGGACUGAAAUAAGGUGCGAAUUAAACAUCUGGGUUUAAAAACGGCUCACAAACAUGUUGGCCACAGGAGCGGCGGUGAGCAGCACCAUGGCACAGGUGGACCGGGAGAAGAUUUACCAGUGGAUCAACGAGCUGUCGAGCCCUGAGACCCGUGAGAACGCGCUGCUGGAGCUCAGUAAGAAGCGCGAGUCCGUCACGGACCUGGCCCCUAUGCUCUGGCACUCAUGUGGCACCAUCGCAGCUCUCCUUCAGGAAAUCGUGAACAUCUACCCCUCAAUUAACCCCGCAACGCUGACGGCUCAUCAGUCCAACAGAGUGUGUAAUGCCCUGGCGCUGCUGCAGUGUGUGGCCUCGCACGUGGAGACGCGCUCGGCGUUCCUGGCGGCUCACAUCCCUCUGUUCUUGUACCCGUUUCUUCACACUGCUAGUAAAACAAGACCCUUUGAGUAUCUUCGCCUCACCAGCCUCGGAGUCAUCGGGGCGCUGGUAAAGACCGACGAACAAGAAGUGAUUAACUUCCUGUUGACGACAGAGAUCAUCCCACUGUGCCUGCGGAUCAUGGAGACGGGCAGCGAACUCUCAAAAACGGUUGCGACGUUCAUUCUGCAGAAGAUCCUGCUGGAUGACACGGGCCUGGCCUACAUCUGCCAGACCUACGAGCGAUUCUCUCACGUAGCCAUGAUCCUGGGAAAGAUGGUGCUGCAGCUGUCCAAAGAGCCGUCAGCUCGACUGUUGAAGCACGUCGUGCGCUGUUAUCUACGGCUCUCCGAUAACUCCAGAGCGAGAGAAGCUCUUCGUCAGUGUUUACCAGACCAGCUGAAGGACACGACGUUUGCACAAGUGCUGAAGGACGACACAACCACAAAGCGCUGGCUCGCUCAACUCGUCAAAAACCUGCAGGAGGGACAGGUUACAGACCCACGUGGCAUACCGCUGCCUGCCCAAUAACACACACACACACACACACACAAGGUCUCUUGCUGACGGAAAUUUUUUUACACAUACACACAGUGGACUGAUCUCAUGUACAAGGGCACUUACACAUGAGUUAUUUUGCCAAUGUUUCAAAUGUUUAUUGUUGGUAAUAUUAGUUUUUGAAAAUGUUUCAGUAAAUUCUGCUGGCUGUUUGGAACCAAAAUGUGCUUAUGUUUUACUACAUUGUCUCUCUCUCUGUCUGUAUCUCUCUCUCUCUCUGUCUGUAUCUCUCUCUCUCUGUCUGUAUCUCUCUCUCUCUCUGUCUGUAUCUCUCUCUCUCUGUCUGUCUGUCUGUCUCUCUCUCUCUCUCUCUCUCUCUCUCUCUGUCUGUAUCUCUCUCUCUCUGUCUGUAUCUCUCUCUCUCUCUAUCUCUCUCUCUCUGUCUGUAUCUCUCUCUCUCUCUGUCUGUAUCUCUCUCUCUCUCUGUCUGUAUCUCUCUCUCUCUCUGUCUGUAUCUCUCUCUCUCUGUCUGUAUCUCUCUCUCUCUCUCUCUCUCUCUCUCUCUCUCUCUCUCUGUAUCUCUCUCUCUCUGUCUGUAUCUCUCUCUCUCUGUCUGUAUCUCUCUCUCUCUGUCUGUAUCUCUCUCUCUCUCUGUCUGUAUCUCUCUCUCUCUCUGUCUGUAUCUCUCUCUCUCUCUCUGUCUGUAUCUCUCUCUCUCUCUCUCUCUCUCUCUCUGUAUCUCUCUCUCUCUGUCUCUCUCUGUAUCUCUCUCUCUCUGUUUGUAUCUCUCUCUCUCUCUCUGUAUCUCUCUCUCUCUCUCUCAUCCACACACACAUGUGUAUGCUGUAAAAUAAAAUCACUGUUCUUGUCAUUUUGCAGUUUUUCAGUACUCACCUGCACAAGCAGAUUCUGUAUCUGAUUAUUUUCCAAUAACAGCACGACACCAAGUGAUUUAUUCCUCUCACACUGACAGCUUUUAUUAUUAAAUACCUGUAGUACGUUUUAUGUUUAUAGCCACAAUAAAU